AUGAAAGAAUGGCAUCCUGAGCAAUAUUUUUUCUACAAAAGGCAGCUCGUGCCUUAUGUGGAUGAACAUUGGCAUAGUUUAUGCACAGAAAGAUCAAGAACAAAAGCUUGGUGGGGUACAUUAGGCAGUUGUCUGUAUUCCAAUAAAGACACUUUUGUUGCUGACGACGAGAGACAACGUUCUGCAGCUUCUGGAUUCCAACUCAUCGAUUCUAAUCUAUGGCAUAUUCGUCCUUACACAAGUCAAAUGAGUGGCAAACUUCCCAACGCUAGCAACAGCACCCACCCUACUGACACCACCAGCCAUGUGAAUACAGGACGCGUGACGGAGGAUCGGCACAGCAGCCAUAAGCAAAGACGAUCGAUAGCGUCUCCACAUACUGCAUCCCAUCCAUCGUCUCCGUUGGGCGUCUCCCGAUCUUCGUCGCCUUUUCCUCCCGCCGUCACUCCUGUGAAAGCGCCGGCGAAGAAUAACAACACGACGAACAGCGAUCAUUCUACCGCCGGCAGAGCCGAGCCGUCUUCAGCAUCCACCCACCUCCACACGAACCCUACGACAACCAGUACCCUGAUUACGACGAACAGUAACACAGAUCAUCCUUUCAACAAGUUUGGAUUCAAAUAUACCCCAUGUGAACCUUCUAUACUCCCUCUGAUUGCUUACCAACAAACCGAUUACAAAGCAUAUCAUGCUCACCCACAUCCAUGCGUCCUCAGCUUACCCGAUAAAAGCCCUUACGUUUACGUUUCAAAAGAUGGCCUGACUUUGACGACAGAAAAGGGCUUUCGGAUGUGUCGAGCGAAUGUCGGCGUCAAAGAAGGAAAUUGGUUUUGGGAAGCAAUCAUUCAAAAAGCAGACGGCCCUCGCGAGAGCAGCAGCACAGAGGACGAUAAAAAAGACGGGCCGCAUGUACGAGUCGGAUUUGCAAGACGUGAAGCAUGUCUCAAUGCUCCCGUAGGGUAUGAUGGCUAUAGUUACGGCUAUCGCGAUAAAACGGGGGAUCGGUUGUUUUGCUCAAGGCCAGAAAAGUUUGGUGAAAGUUUUGAGACGGGCGAUGUGAUCGGGCUCUACAUCUCUCUGCCGUCUCGCCAACAACAGUACGAAAACAGCGUGUCAGAAGAAAAAGAGACGAGCAGCGAACCGCCGCAGAAACGGUUCAAGAGCGCUUUAAGAAGACGUAUCCCCAUUGCUUAUAAAGAUCAUCUAUGGUUUGAGGAAAAGGAUUAUCGGCCGAGUAAAGAGAUGGAGGCGUUGGCUGACCCUUAUAGAAAAAAAGAAGAGAUAGGUUAUGCACCCAAGGUGCUCCAUGGCUCCUUCAUCACCGUCUAUAAAAACGGUGUCAACCAAGGUGUCAUGUUUACUGACUUGUUUGACUUUGAGGACUUUGGCCGUCUCCCAGAAACCAUCCUGGCGAAAAAAGCAAAGAAAAAAAGAAAGUAUCACAAAAAAGACGAUCAACAGACAAAUGCCUACCAUGAUGGCCAUCAUGGUGUACAUGGACAGAAAGACGAUAGAGACGCUGGCUAUGAGAACAAGUACUGGACAGAUGACCCGCCUGUCGAAGACGAUGGUACAUUGGGCUAUUAUCCAGCCGUCAGCGUCUAUAAAGGCGGUACUGUUACGUGUAAUUUUGGGCCUCGCUUUCGAUACCCACCCACCGAUCAAAAAGAAGCUUGGCGACCCAUGUGUGAUCGAUUUGACGAUUAUAUGGCCGAAGAGUGCGUUUGGGAUAUAUUGGAUGAGGUGUCUCGAUCCUUUAAAAACUAA